GGAGAGGCCCCCUCGGCUGGCGCCCGCCCACCCGGCGGCGGCCGCCAAGUGCCUCUGGGCGCUGCGUGCCGCGCCCGCUGCUCCGCGCGCAGCCGGCUCGGGCCGCUCCUCCUGACUGAGGCGCGGCGGCGGCGGUGGCUGUGACCGCGCGGACCGAGCCGAGACAUUCGCGCCGGGGGCUCGGGCGCCGCCGCCGCUGGGCCCCGGGCGCGUGGAUGCGGCUGGGUCGGGCGGUGCCGCACACCUGAGGCGGAGAACGGGGCGCGGCGCGGGCGACGCUGUCAGGGCCGCGGUUCCUGACGCCCAGGCGCUCGCCAGGACGAGCCAGGCAGUGAUUUGAGGCACCGGGUUCACCUUCACCCAUGGUCCGGAGAGCCUAGCGGGGCUCGCCGCCGCCUCCCGGCUCCCCUUCCACGCCUCCCACCCCUCGGCGCCGCAUCCUGCCAGCCUCGCCGCCCCGCCAGCGCCGGGCAACCGCCUCGCCCGAAGCCCUGCCUCGUUACUGGCCGCAUACCCCGGCGGCGCCGCCGCGGGAAGCGGCUCCCCCUCCUCUUCCUCCGCGUCCUCUUCCCUCUUUCCCCCGCCGGGGCCGCUUGUUGCACCGCCCCGCGGCCUGCGGGAGCCGCUCGCACCGGCCUUGUGCUCGCGUCCGCACCCCUUUCUGUCGCCCCCGGGGCCCGCACCCCAGCCCGGCCGGCGAGACCCCUGCCAGACCCCGCUGCCCGCACAAAAUGUCGGCCCGGACGCCAUUGCCGACGGUGAACGAGCGGGACACGGAAAAUAUGGGUGACCUGGAGGAUAAGCUGGUGCCCUUCAUUGGAGAGUUGCCCACGCAUCUGGACCAGAAUUCAGAGCAGCUGAAGCAAGUGGUCCAGCGGGAGCUGAAGGAGUUCCAUGAGACAUGCCAGCACAUCAGCUAUGUCAAGCCAUACAUCUGUGGAUGGAUAUACUGAACCACACAUCCAGCCUACCAAGUCAAGUAGCAGACAGAACAUCCCCCGGUGUAGAAACUCCAUUACGUCAGCAACAGAUGAACAGCCUCACAUUGGAAAUUACCGUUUACAAAAAACAAUAGGGAAGGGAAAUUUUGCCAAAGUCAAAUUGGCAAGACACGUUCUAACUGGUAGAGAGGUUGCUGUGAAAAUAAUAGACAAAACUCAGCUAAAUCCUACCAGUCUACAAAAGUUAUUUCGAGAAGUACGAAUAAUGAAGAUACUGAAUCAUCCUAAUAUAGUAAAAUUGUUUGAAGUUAUUGAAACAGAGAAGACUCUCUAUUUAGUCAUGGAAUACGCGAGUGGGGGUGAAGUAUUUGAUUACUUAGUUGCCCAUGGAAGAAUGAAAGAGAAAGAGGCCCGUGCAAAAUUUAGGCAGAUUGUAUCUGCUGUACAGUACUGUCAUCAAAAGUACAUUGUUCACCGUGAUCUUAAGGCUGAAAACCUUCUCCUUGAUGGUGAUAUGAAUAUUAAAAUUGCUGACUUUGGUUUUAGUAAUGAAUUUACAGUUGGGAACAAAUUGGACACAUUUUGUGGAAGCCCACCCUAUGCUGCUCCCGAGCUUUUCCAAGGAAAGAAGUAUGACGGGCCUGAAGUGGAUGUGUGGAGUCUGGGCGUCAUUCUCUAUACAUUAGUCAGUGGCUCCUUGCCUUUCGAUGGCCAGAAUUUAAAGGAACUGCGAGAGCGAGUUUUACGAGGGAAGUACCGUAUUCCCUUCUAUAUGUCCACAGACUGUGAAAAUCUUCUGAAGAAAUUAUUAGUCCUGAAUCCAAUAAAGAGAGGCAGCUUGGAACAAAUAAUGAAAGAUCGAUGGAUGAAUGUUGGUCAUGAAGAAGAAGAACUAAAGCCAUAUACUGAGCCUGAUCCAGAUUUCAAUGACACAAAAAGAAUAGACAUUAUGGUCACCAUGGGCUUUGCACGAGAUGAAAUAAAUGAUGCCUUAAUAAAUCAGAAGUAUGAUGAAGUUAUGGCUACUUAUAUUCUUCUAGGUAGAAAACCACCUGAAUUUGAAGGUGGUGAAUCGUUAUCCAGUGGAAACUUGUGUCAGAGGUCCCGGCCCAGUAGUGACUUAAAUAACAGCACUCUUCAGUCCCCUGCUCACCUGAAGGUCCAGAGAAGUAUCUCAGCAAAUCAGAAGCAGCGGCGUUUCAGUGAUCAUGCUGGUCCAUCCAUUCCUCCUGCUGUAUCAUAUACCAAAAGACCUCAGGCUAACAGCGUGGAAAGUGAACAGAAAGAGGAGUGGGACAAAGAUGUGGCUCGAAAACUUGGCAGCACAACAGUUGGAUCAAAAAGCGAGAUGACUGCAAGCCCUCUUGUAGGGCCAGAGAGGAAAAAAUCUUCAACUAUUCCAAGUAACAAUGUGUAUUCUGGAGGUAGCAUGGCAAGAAGGAAUACAUAUGUCUGUGAAAGGACCACAGAUCGAUACGCAGCAUUGCAGAAUGGAAAAGACAGCAGCCUUACGGAGAUGUCUGUGAGUAGCAUAUCUUCUGCAGGCUCUUCGGUGGCCUCUGCUGUCCCCUCAGCACGACCCCGCCACCAGAAGUCCAUGUCCACUUCUGGUCAUCCUAUUAAAGUCACACUGCCAACCAUUAAAGACGGCUCUGAAGCUUACCGGCCUGGCAGUACAACCCAGAGAGUGCCUGCUGCUUCCCCAUCUGCUCACAGUAUUAGUACUGCGACUCCAGACCGGACCCGUUUUCCCCGAGGGAGCUCAAGCCGAAGCACUUUCCAUGGUGAACAGCUCCGGGAGCGACGCAGCGCUGCUUAUAAUGGGCCACCUGCUUCACCAUCCCAUGAAACGGGUGCAUUUGCACAUGCCAGAAGGGGAACGUCAACUGGUAUAAUAAGCAAAAUCACAUCCAAAUUUGUUCGCAGGGAUCCAAGUGAAGGCGAAGCCAGUGGCAGAACCGACACCUCAAGAAGUACAUCAGGGGAACCAAAAGAAAGAGACAAGGAAGAGGGUAAAGAUUCUAAGCCGCGUUCUUUGCGGUUCACAUGGAGUAUGAAGACCACUAGUUCAAUGGACCCUAAUGACAUGAUGAGAGAAAUCCGAAAAGUGUUAGAUGCAAAUAACUGUGAUUAUGAGCAAAAAGAGAGAUUUUUGCUUUUCUGUGUCCAUGGAGAUGCUAGACAGGAUAGCCUCGUGCAGUGGGAGAUGGAAGUCUGCAAGUUGCCACGACUGUCACUUAAUGGGGUUCGCUUCAAGCGAAUAUCUGGGACAUCUAUUGCCUUUAAAAACAUUGCAUCAAAAAUAGCAAAUGAGCUUAAGCUGUAAAGAAGUCCAGAUUUACAGGUUCAGGGAAGAUACAUAAAUAUAUGAGGUACAGUUUUUGAAUGUACUGGUAAUGCCUAAUGUGGUCUGCCUGUGAAUCUCCCCAUGUAGAAUUUGCCCUUAAUGCAAUAAGGUUAUACAUAGUUAUGAACUGUAAAAUUAAAGUCAGUAUGAACUAUAAUAAAUAUCUGUAGCUUAAAAAGUAGGUUCACAUGUACAGGUAAGUAUAUUGUGUAUUUCUGUUCAUUUUCUGUUCAUAGAGUUGUAUAAUAAAACAUGAUUGCUUAAAAACUU